AUGAAUCUUUUAGCAUGGAACUGCCGGGGGCUUGGGAACUGCCGUGCAGUUCAAGAGCUUGUAGACAUUGUACAAGCGCAAGGUCCCAAGAUCGUGUUUUUGUCGGAAACAUGGUCAGAUAAAGAUUGGAUGGAAUGGGUUCAAUGUCAGUUGAAGUUUGAUGGAUGUUUUACUGUCCCAAGUGAAGGGAGGGGCAGUGGGUUAGCACUCUUGUGGAAAGAAGAAGAUGUGGUUUGGGUUGAUAGUUUCUCACAGUACCAUAUUGACGCGUUAGUGCAUGGCGGUUCGGAUAAUAGAUGGCACUUGACUGGCUUCUAUGGUGAACCGAAAACGAAUAGAAGAUCUGAGGGAUGGGACAUGCUUUGUAUGUUGAAUUCUAAACCAAAGCUCCCAUGGUGCUGUCUUGGAGAUUUCAAUGAGUUAUUGGAGGCUAAGGAAAAAAGAGGUGGUGCACAACGGUCCCAUAAUCUCAUGCAGUCCUUCCGAGAUGGUGAAUGGAUUUGGGAGCGUCUAGACCGAGGGAUGGCAAACUAUGAUUGGUUAGCUCGUUUUCCGACGGGUAGAAUCACUCAUUUGAAUUGCUACACAUCGGAUCAUAGACCAUUAUUAUUAUCUCUUAAUCCAAACGGGGAAAAACAGAAGUGGAAGCGAAAGCCAUUCUGGUUCGAAGCUAUGUGGGUCACUAAUCCGAAAUGUGGGAAUACGAGAUCUCGGGUUCAAUGGAUUAAAAGUGGUGACAAGAACACUAGAUUCUUUCAUGGGACAGCCACCAAUAGGAAGCGAAGGAAUUUUAUUAAAGGGCUACGUGAUGCUGAGGGUGUUUGGGUAUCUGAGGAAGCUACCUUUACAAAAAUUUUGGUUGAUUUCUAUGGCGAACUUUUCACAACAUCUAACCCGCAAAAUCUAGAAUUUGUUUUAGAGGGGAUUCAAGAAGUUGUUUCCAGGGAUAUGAAUUCAAAACUCACAGCUCCAUACAAGGCUGAGGAGGUUGAAUUAGCAAUAAAAGAAAUGGCUCCUUUGAAAGCUCCUGGCUCGGAUGGCAUGCCCCCUUUAUUUUAUCAGACUUACUGGACGGAAGUUGGUAUGGAUAUUACUCAAGCUGUUUUAUCAUGUCUUAAUUUUGGCUCUAUUUUAAAAUCCAUAAAUCAUACGUUUAUUACUUUAAUUCCAAAAGUAAAAAAUCCGGAGAGAGUCUCUGAAUUUAGACCAAUUAGCUUGUGUAAUGUGAUCUAUAAAAUUGUCAGUAAAGUCAUUGCAAAUAGGCUUAAACCUCUCCUUAACAGUAUCAUAUCUGAAACCCAGAGUGCUUUUAUAGCUGACAGAUUGAUUACUGAUAAUGUGUUGAUUGCCUUUGAAUCUCUCCAUCACAUGAAAACUUGUUGCUCAAGGAAGACAGGUUUUAUGGCUUUAAAAUUAGAUAUGAGUAAAGCCUAUGAUCGGGUGGAGUGGGCUUUCCUAGAGAAAAUUUUACUGAAGAUGGGUUUUCAAAAUUCUUGGGUAUCUCUGAUCAUGGAAUGCAUUACUACGGUGUCAUACUCUAUUUUGAUAAAUGGUGAGCCACAAGGAAUGAUUGUCCCAACAAAAGGACUAGGACAAGGGGAUCCUCUAUCCCCUUAUCUCUUCCUCUUUUGUGCUGAAGGUCUAAAUGCGCUUCUUAGGAGAGUAGCUGAUGAUGGACAGAUUCAUGGUUUCUCUAUUAGUAGGCGUGGCCCAAAGCUUACGCAACUCUUUUUUGCAGAUGAUUGCUUACUAUUCUGCAGGUCUACACUAGCAGAGUGCGACAAAAUAAAGGAGUUGUUGGCAGUGUAUGAAGCAACUUCAGGCCAGAUGGUGAACCAGGAUAAAACCACUCUCUUCUUCAGUAGCAACACAGAUGAAGCAACUCAGGAAGCAAUAAAGGGGUCACUUGGUCUUCCGGUAAUUCAACAUUAUGAGAAAUAUCUGGGUCUACCUUCCUUUAUAGGGAGGGGGAAGAAAGCAAGCUUUACCCAAAUCAAAGAACAAGUGUGGGCAAAAAUGCAAGGGUGGAAGGAAAAGUUACUCUCUCAAGCUGGGAAAGAGGGGCAUGGUGAGAGAAAAAAGUUACAUUGGGUGAAGUGGAGUACAUUGUGCUCUUCCAAAUCUAUUGGGGGUAUGGGUUUUAGGGAUAUCCAAAAUUUUAACAAGGCAAUGCUUGCUAAGCAGAGCAGAGUGUUCUCGCCUAGGAAUGAUGCAAGGGUUGAGAAGGUGUGUGAUUUGUUUUAUCCCAAUUCAAAAAUAUGGGAUCCUAGGUUGAUUCAACACACUUUCUACCCUUGGGAAGCAGAGAAGAUCAUGAGGAUACAUGUUAGUGCUGUGAAUAUAGAGGACACGCUGGUUUGGCCAUUAUCUCCGGAUGGCAAAUAUUUGGUUAAGUCUGCAUACAGAAUGUCGGCGGCGGAAGUUACCAAUGGACUUCCUUCUUUGUCGAGUGGGGCGUGUUCCUUACUGUGGAAGCGCAUCUGGAAAAUUCAUGCGCCACAAAGGAUCAAGCAUUUUAUCUGGCAUGCGGCAAAGGACUCUCUUCCUACAAAACAAAAUCUAGUCCGACGACAGAUUCCUGUGGACGUGACUUGCUUCUUGUGCGAGGAUUAUCAAGAAACGCUCUUGCAUGCAUUAUGGCUGUGUCAUCAAGCCAAGUCGGUCUGGAAAACAAAUUCUAGAUUUUCAGAGUUGUAUCGGAAAGCCCAUAGGAGUUUUGUGGAUCUUCUUGACUCUGUUUUUUAG